GAGAGAGAUUAUGGCUGUAGUACGCUUUUUCUUUCUCGCCGAAUGUAUUUGACCGUUGGAAAAAAAACUAUCCGUUACACGAACCACUACGUUUCAGGUACUAUUUGACCAUUUGUUCCAACACCGAACGCAAAUCGUGUGAGGAAAAGGAGGAGAGAGAAUCUCUCUCGAUUCGCUGCGGAGAUCUGAAGAACAAAAAUGGUGGCGAGAACCCCGCCGAAGCAGCCGAGAAGAAUCGCCGUGGCGGCGCCGCUGUUGAGUCCAACUCUUCUCAGAGAAACGGUUAAGAAGGUGGAUAAAUGUAUGGCGCGACUGCAAGAGCUUCAGUACACCGUCAAUGGCGGCAAAAAGUUGGUUUCCGGUGUGAGUUUGAGCCCUAGGAGCACCCGAGGCUAUAUGAGAACAAGUCUCCAUUGCAAACAGGAAUCACUAAGAACAAAAACUGGAAACUACCGAAGAUCGCCGCCCGGAAAGCUGCCGGCGGCAACCACAGAGGAAUGGCGAAGAAUGUCGUUGCCGGCGAUGCUGCUAGGUGAGACGAUGGGUGAAAUUUUACAAGCAAGUCAAUUUGCAAGAACCAUAGUCGAAGCAGUAGCAAAACCAGCCAUAGAUGAAGACCCCAAAACUCCGGCGACCGGCGCAAGAAAAGCUUCGACAGUCUCCGGAAACUCGUCAGGGCUACGAGGGAGAAGGAAGCGAGAGAAGCAAGUAGUGCUUAAAGAGAUCCGAUCAGAGUCAAUAUCUAAUCCAAAUGCUGAGCCGCCAUCUCUCCGGCGGGCCAAGUCCCGGAUAGCCUUCAAGGUUUCAUCUUCUCCGGCGGCGGCGCAAUGCAAAAAGGAGAAUUGCAGGUACAUUGCCAACCGUGUCUCCCCAAGAAAUAGGCCGUGGGUGAGAAAGACUGUUCUUUUCCCCAACCCAUUGUUCCAUUCGUCGCCGCCGCCGCCAAACGUCGCCCACCGGCAAAAGUUGUUCUGCAAGACUAGGUCGCCGGUGAUCGCCGGAGGCCGCCAUCAAACGCCGCACAAGUUUCUGGUUAAGUCCCCUCCGGCUGCUGCCGGAAAAUUCCAAGUGAAAAUCAGAAGCCCGCCUCGAUUCUCCCUCCUGCCGACGACGGCAGCUGCCUCUGCCAAGAAGUCGUCGUCGUUGUCAUCGCCGGCGCCGCCGAAGAAGAUGAUGAGAACGUCGUUUUCGCCGUCAAGGCUGGCGAGCCGGCUGGUGUCGCCGUUGAGAGGUGGUAGAAAAGCAUCGAUGCAGCCGGGAAACAUCGAGGUAGCGCCGCCGCCGGCGGUGGCAAAGAGUGGUGGCAGUGGGGCGGCGUGGCAGAGGAGGUCGUUCUCGCCGUCGAGGAUAGCGGAGAGGCUAGUUUCGCCGCUGAAGAGUAGAAAAUUAUCAUCGUCGUCGUCGAUGCAUAUGAAGAACGAAGAGAAGGCGGCGGCGGCGAUGAUCGCCGGACUCAAGCACCGGCCGCCGCCUUUGGGGAGAUCUUCUUUCUCGUCAUCAUUCCUGCCUCGAACUCGAAGGAUUUGAAGGGAGUUAUUUAUAUCAUAUAUUAUAUAUUAUUAUAUUCUCGUUGUUAUUACAGCGAUGUGUGCGUUGGUUGUAGAUAGUUUGUUGUUUCCUUCUGUGUCAUCCACGGAUGAUGAUGUCUCAUAAAUGAAUAUCCUUCAUGUACCUCAAAAUUUAUCCUUUACAUACACAGCGAAGAAAUUACAGAAAAAAGAAAAAAAAAAUGUAGGGU